UCGCCGGGGCUUGAUGACGUCACGCGUGUGCGACAGCUGUGGGGUGCAGUUGGCGCUCGGCAGCUCGAAGAAGACAACAGAAAAGAUAAACAAAAAGCUUUAAAGUCUGAAUAUAACCGCUGAGAGCUAACACAGAGGCUAACAGCUGAGCUAACAGGAGGAUCAGACAUGCAGUCCGGAUCAGAUCCCCCAGGACCCGGACUGAAGUCAGUGAGAAGAUCUCCUCGACUGUCCCCUCAGUGCAGCAGCAGCGGUAAAGGAGCAGAGGAGAAGAAAGGAGGGAGCAGCCUGCAGGAGGUGAAGAGGAGAGGCAGGAUGGAGAGGAGCGGAGAGGAGGAGGAGCUGAACGACAGGCUGCAGACACUGGAUCUGUCCUGUAGAUCUGCAGCCAGUGGAACCGGUGUGGUGUAUUCAGAGUUCUUCACUCAUCAUAAGAACCUGUGGGAGCCCAGUCACCCAGAGAGUCCUGACAGAGUGAAGUCCAUCAUGGAGGAGCUACAAAGACAAGAGCUGCUGUCUCACUGCACCACUGUACAGCCCAGAGAGGCGACGGAAGAAGAGCUGCUGCUCACUCACACGAAACAGUACGUCGAUCUGAUGAAGUCGACACAGACGAUGACGGAGGACGACCUACACACUCUGUCUGACAAAUACGACUCUGUGUACCUCCAUCCUGAGACCUUCCAGGUGUGUGUGUCGGCGGUGGGGUCAGUCCUCCAGCUGGUCGAUCAGGUGAUGACCUCUGAGCUCAGGAAUGGAUUUGCCGUCAUCAGACCUCCAGGUCAUCACGCUCAGUCUGACCAGGCCAACGGUUUCUGUGUUUUCAACAACGUGGCGAUCGCAGCUCGAUACGCUCGGACCACGCACUCCGUCAGCAGGGUUCUGAUCGUGGACUGGGAUGUCCAUCAUGGUCAGGGGAUCCAGUACCUCUUCCAGGAUGACCCCAGUGUGCUGUACUUCAGUGUCCACAGGCAUGAGGGCGGGGCUUUUUGGCCACACCUCCCAGAGUCUGACAGUCUGAGUGUUGGCGGAGGACGAGCUGAGGGCAGAAACAUCAACCUGCCCUGGAACAAGACGGGAAUGACCGACGCUGAUUACAUCGCUUCUUUUCAACAGCUGUUGCUACCUGUAGCCCACGAGUUUCAGCCUCAGCUGGUCCUGGUCUCUGCCGGGUUUGAUGCUGCACUCGGAGAUCAGAAGGGGGAGAUGUGUGUGACUCCUCAGUGUUUCCACGUCCUCACUCACAUGUUGAUGAGUUUGGCAGAAGGUCGACUCGUUCUCGCUCUCGAGGGAGGUUAUAACCUGCAGGCGACAGCAGAGGGCGCUGCAGCCUGUGUCAGAGCUCUGCUGGGAGGAGCCUGUCCUCCUCUUACUCCGCCCACCGCUCCGUCCGACAGUGCUCUCCAGUCGAUCUCUCAGACCGUCUCUGCUCUGUAUCCAUACUGGGCCUCCUUGCAGACCCUCGAGGGCGGUCCGUUGUCCGAGGGGCAUGUCAUCAGAGCACCUAUCAAUGAGCAGAGCACGAAACCGUCCAGCCCCGCCCCCUCCGUUACCACGACAACAGGUCUGGUUUAUGACGAGAGGAUGAUGGAGCACAUGAACAUGUGGGACAGACAUCAUCCUGAACAGCCUCAGAGAAUCUCUAAGAUCUUCUCCAAACAUCAGCAGCUGGGAUUGGUCAAACGUUGCCAACGGAUACCAGCUCGUCUAGCAACAGAGGAGGAGCUGGCCAGGUGUCACAGUGUGCAGCACAUUGAGCAGAUGAAGGCCACAGCAGGGAUGAAGCCCAGAGAUCUGAACAAACUGGGAAACGAGUUUAACUCGAUCUUCUUCAACAACCAGAGCUUCACGUCCGCUCUGCUGGCUGCAGGAAGCUGCUUCAACGCUGUGGAGAGCAUCCUCACAGGACAGGUGAGUAACGGUGUGGCGAUCGUUCGUCCUCCUGGUCAUCAUGCUGAGAGAGACUCUCCCUGCGGUUUCUGUCUCUUCAACACCGCAGCGCUCGCUGCUCGCCACGCUCAGAAAAUUUCCCAGGGUGCACCGCUGCGAGUCCUAAUCCUGGACUGGGACGUUCACCACGGCAACGGGACACAGCACAUGUUUGAAGACGAUGACAGCGUCCUCUACAUCUCCCUCCAUCGCUAUGACAACGGGACAUUCUUCCCGUCGUCAGUGGACGCAGCCCCAAACAGGGUUGGCGUGUCCAAGGGGGCGGGGUUUAAUGUGAACGUGGCGUGGAGCGGAGGGAGGAUGGGCGACUCAGACUACCUCGCUGCCUUUCACCGAGUCAUUAUGCCGAUCGCCACCGAGUUUAACCCCGGCCUGGUUCUGGUGUCGGCCGGGUUCGAUGCAGCUCGCGGGGAUCCGCUCGGUGGAUAUAACGUGACUCCAGAGGGAUACGCCCACUUUACACACCAGCUGAUGUCACUGGCUGGGGGGCGGGUCCUAGUCAUACUGGAGGGCGGUUAUAAUCUGACGUCCAUCUCUGACUCCAUGGCGAUGUGCACCAGCGUGUUGCUAGGAGACUCUCCUCCCUCCUUAGUGACGCCUCUCCCUCCUCCCCAUCACAGCGCCAUGGCAACGAUAAACCAAGUGAUCCGACACCACGCCCCCUACUGGAGGUCCCUGAGGAUACAGAUUCCAGAGUCUCUGCGGGCAUCCCUGCCCUCACCAAAGCAUCGUGGGAAACGUAGUUCCAAAGGAAAAGGCAGGAAGUCAGAUCAGAGCAAUGCAGACAGACCACCUCUGCCCCCUACAGGACGGGAGGACUCAACGACGGAGCACAGUCUGGAUCAGCUCACUCAGGGAUUGGCCGGUUUGGACCUCAGCCAUAACUCAGCCAUUCACAGCCCUGUCACGUCCACACCAGUGGGCGGGGCCAGGCCGAAGGUCCGCACCAGCCCAGAGAAGGUCACCUGUGGAGGUGAAGUGAAGACGGAGUCAGAUGAAGUGACACCUGAGCAGAGCCAAUCAGGAGAGAGCCCACAGCCUCAACCUCAGGUGAUCAGGACGUUUUAGGGUCUCUACAGUCUGCAGUCAUCAGGCCUACACUUCCCAUGAUCCUUUGCAUGCAAAGUCUGAAAAUGUGUUUGUUCAAUAUUAAGUGUCUGUGUUA